UCUCGAGUGUCAGUCUCCAAACGUCAGUCUUUCAGUUAGACAGACCGACACACGAGACAGAUUGAACGAUUGAAACUAACAAACUCUUGAUCUUAAAAACUAGAACCCAAAAGCAUAUUCACCUACUCGCAAACAGAAUGUCUCUUUGGCGGGUUUGUCUUGUGCUGAUGGGCAGUGUGAUAGCGCAGACCUCCGCGCGCAGGACGGAUGCUGAGCACGGGGAGGUUUUGGAGAAAAUCAACAGCGCAAGAUGCACUUCACGCUGCCUGACGCUUCACAUGACUCAGUUAACAGCUUCUUUUAAACAUCUUCAGAGUGAUGAUGUUCUGGUCUGGUGUGAGAACCACAGACGCUGUGCACAGUGUCUCCAGCCAUGCAAGGAAUUGUGGGAAACCAGAAAGGCUCUGUCCCAGAAAUCAUGUGAGAAGCAUCAUGAGUGUUUGACCAGCUGGGAGUUCCUGGUGUCUCUGAGGACAGCCAAGCAAGGGGACUGCCCCCCUCCUCAGAGAGCCACUGGAUUCGCCGCCGCCUGCGUGGAGAGCUGCUCGUCGGACCGCCACUGCUCCUCCUCCAAGAAGUGCUGCUCCAAUGGCUGUGGACACACCUGCCAGACCCCAGCCAAUCUCUUCAAGGGGGUGCCCCUGAAGCCCAGGAGAGAGAUGACCUUCCUGGAGGACCGUCAGGGUCACCUAGAGGUCACAUGGAUGUCAAAGUUCAACGUGACCAUCGAGCCAGUGCUGUACGUGCUGCAGAGGAGAUGGAACAUGGGCAUCCUGCCUAGCGAAGACCACGCCUCCACCUGGCACACCGUUGCCAUGACCAUGGAGGAGCGGGCUGUGCAGAAGGACGUGCGACCCCAGCGCUGGUACCAGUUCAGGGUGAGCGCCGUCAACAGCCAGGGCACGCGGGGCUUCACCACGCCCAGCAAACCCUUCUACUCCACCCGAGACCCGUUCCCCCCGGAGCCCCCCCAGCGCGUGCGUGUGGGUAACGAGACCCUGGGGGAGGAUGGCAGGGUGGGGCUGCUGCUCCUCUGGGACCCCCCCAGAGAGGGGGACCUGCCCCUGCACCACUACAAGGUGACCUGGACCCCCCGGCAUGAACCUCGCCACACCGCCGGACACGACAGGAAGGACAACGCCAGGGUCACAGACGGGACGGUGUGUGAGAUGGAGCUGCCAGGCCUGCUGUCCGGGUCGGCCUACCUGCUGCAGGUGCAGGCUGUGACCUACUGGGGGCAGAAACGUAUGAAAAGCAGCCGCACCCAGCUCCCCUUCACCACGGCAACCAACACGGCAUCCUCCAUCCUCCCCCCCGGCCCCCCAGCCCAAGAAAGCUUGCCGGGGGAGUUCUCCAAUGAGCUCCCCUCCGCCCCCAACCCCGCCCCCCACCCUGACCCAGACCCAGUCCUCGCCAACCUGCGCCUGGAGGUCGCCGCCCCCCAUUACCACGACAACCAGCUGCAGGUCAAGGUUUUCUGGAAGAGGCGUCACCACCAAGAAAGCCCCAAGGACACGGGCACGUAUGUGCUGAGGUGGUACCCACACGCGUGUACCAGCAACGCCACCAAGACGGAGAGGAGGACCACUGUGCAGGGAACCCAUUACAUCAUCACAGGGUUGUUGUUUGGCUGUAAGUACAGCGUUUCCGUGGCACCCGUGGUUACAGAGGAGGACCUGAGGUCUGAGGCUGUUGCUUGGGUGACAACCCCUGCAUGUUCAUCAGUGAAAGGCAGGGGGGCCAAAGCCAUGCCCUGUGUCGGGGAAGAGCGCCCUCAGGUGUCUAAAAAGGUGGUACUGCGGCCGGAGAAGCUGACAGCGGAAUUCCACACGGUCAACGGUUCCCUGGUCGGCCUGUUCAGCUGGCAGCUGUCCCAGAAUGCACUGGGGCAAACACCUAUCGCUGGCUUCCAAUUCACCUGGGCACAGCUGUCUGUCAGCGCUGGGGUAGCCAUGGCAACCGAGGGCCAUGACUUCCUCAUAUCUCAGACGCAGAUAGUGGCCCCGGACCAGCGGUCCUUGACGGUGGAAGGCCUGCACCCGGAGAGUGUGUACCAGCUGCAGGUCCAGGUGCUGUCAGAAGGGGCCAGCGGGGCCUCUGUGUCCCGCACCCUCCACACCCCCUCCCUCAACGCCUCCCUGCGAUGAGCCUGAGCUACGGGAACCCGGAUAUGACAUCAACACUCGGUCUCACCUUUAACCCCACCCUCCGUUCCACCAAUCGCCUGUGGCCUCUGCUCCAUCCUCUGCUGCUUCUCACCAUCGUGGGUGGAGUAGAAACACCGACGCCAUUCACAAGAUGGUCACCCUCCCACUAGAAGACCCCGACGUCGACUCCGAAAACGACCGUUGAAUAUGCGACCCGUGUAUGUUUAGAGUUGAGAUAUUUCAGUCCCAGUUUUGUUGUGUGUAAUUAUGCUGGUCUUUUUUUUUAACUUAGCACUGAUGUAUGUAGAUGAAACGUGUCGUCCACCUGCCCUUAGUACUCUCCAGUGUGUGUAAUAAUAUAGUUUCAAACUGUCUCAGCUCACAGUAAAAUUCCCUGUAGUUUUUUUUUAUUGUGUAUCAUAAGUUAUUUUAAGUACAUGUAUGAUAACCCCAUAGUAUUUUUAAUGUUAGCCUCUUAGUUACAUUUUUGAAUUUUUAUUUAUUGUUUUGUGUAAUUAAAUACUUUUAUGGUAUGUUCUUAACACGUGUGACCACAGAUAGAGUAAGGUAAAGGUUUGCCAUAAGAUGGAGAAAGAGAGAGUUGUGUUUCUGUUGAGAGCUCUCAUCCUCGCAGUCCAGUCCAUAACAUUCAGAACCCAGUCACAGCUUAGCAUCGCUGCCCUUUUAACUACAGCGCAAUCGACAGAAACACAAUACAUUGUUCUGCGAUUGUUUUUGUCUACUUUGUAUCAUAGUAUAGUAUAAUCCCUUUUGUAAAUAUACUGCUUGAUGUUAUGUAAACGAGUAGGUCAUUAUUGCCAUACAGUCGAAUAAAAAAUGUCAAAACAAA